CCUGGUGGGGUCAGGCUUUGCUCCCAGGUCAUUGUCCACCACGGACACGGCCAUCCUGCUGGCUGAGGGAGGGGCUGUCUACCUGCUGGCUGAGGAUGGUGAGGGGCUGGCGGAUAAGGUAGGGAUGGGGCGUCUUGGAGGGGUUGUGUUGGAGGAAAGGAGGGUCUGGAGUGGUUUUGGGGGCCUGCACAAAUCCCUGGUGGGGUCAGGCUUUGCUCCCAGGUCAUUGUCCACCACGGACACGGCCAUCCUGCUGGCCAAGGACAGUGAGGGGCUGGUGGAUAAGCUGGACAAGGGCGACGUGACCACCCUGAACCUGCCGGCGGGCGCCGGUGGGCACGGUGACACCGACGGCCCCGUGUGCCUGGACGUGCCCGAUGGCACCCCCGACCCUCAGCGCACCAAAGCCGCCAUCGAGCACCUGCACCAGAAGAUCCUCAAGAUCACGGAGCAGAUCAAGAUCGAGCAGGAGGCGCGCGACGACAACGUGGCCGAGUACCUGAAGCUGGCCAACAACGCCGACAAGCAGCAGGCGUCGCGCAUCAAGCAGGUGUUCGAGAAGAAGAACCAGAAGUCGGCGCAGACCAUCGCGCAGCUGCACAAGAAGCUGGAGCACUACCACAAGAAGCUGAAGGAGAUCGAGCAGAACGGCCCCAGCCGCCAGCCCAAGGAUGUUUUCCGGGACAUGCACCAAGGGCUGAAGGACGUGGGCGCCAACGUGCGCUCCAGCAUCAGCGGCUUCAGCGGCGGCGUGGUGGAGGGCGUCAAGGGCGGCCUCUCGGGGCUCUCGCAGGCCACGCACACGGCCGUGGUGUCCAAGCCGCGCGAGUUCGCCAGCCUGAUCCGCAACAAGUUCGGCAGCGCCGACAACAUCGCGCACCUCAAGGACACGCUGGACGACGGGCACCCCGAGGAGGCGUCGCGCGCGCUGAGCGGCAGCGCCACGCUGGUGUCCAGCCCCAAGUACGGCAGCGAUGACGAGUGCUCCAGCGCCACCUCGGGCUCGGCCGGCGGCAGCAACUCGGGGGCAGGCCCCGGCGGCUUGGGGAGCCCCAAGUCCAACACGCUGGACAGCCACCACAACAACUUCGACACCAUCCUGGAGGAGCUGCGCGAGAUCAAGGACAGCCAGUCGCACCUGGAGGACUCCAUGGAGGACCUGAAGGCGCAGCUGCAGAGGGAUUACACCUACAUGACCCAGUGCUUGCAGGAGGAGCGGUACAGGUACGAGCGCCUGGAGGAGCAGCUGAACGACCUGACGGAGCUGCACCAGAACGAGAUGACCAACCUGAAGCAGGAGCUGGCCAGCAUGGAGGAGAAGGUGGCCUACCAGUCCUAUGAGAGGGCUCGGGACAUCCAGGAGGCCGUGGAGUCGUGCCUGACGCGGGUGACCAAGCUGGAGCUGCAGCAGCAGCAGCAGCAGGUGGUGCAGCUGGAAGGGGUGGAGAACGCCAACGCGCGGGCCCUGCUGGGCAAGUUCAUCAACGUCAUCCUGGCCCUGAUGGCCGUGCUGCUCGUCUUCGUCUCCACCAUCGCCAACUUCAUCACGCCGCUCAUGAAGACCCGCAUGCGCAUCCUCAGCACCGCCCUGCUCGUCCUCUUCCUCUUCUUCCUCUGGAAGCACUGGGACUCCAUCAGCUACUUGCUGGAGCACGUGCUGCUCCCCAGCUGAUCCCACAGCCCCCGGGGAGUUUUGGUUUCCCGACGAGGAGAGGGACACAAAGGGGGUGAGGGUCCGGAGCCUUCUCCGUGCUCGGUUCAGCUGCAGCCCCUCCACGGCAGCCUCUUGGAUCUGGGAUCCCUCCGGGAUGUUUGGGAAGGGUGGGGUGGGGAGCAAGGAGGAGUUUUGGAAGGCACCAGCGAUUUCUGGCUUUUUCUGAAGGGUUUUGGAUGGCUUUUUUGGGUGGUUUUUUGAAGGUUGUGCUGAAGUCCCCAGGAAGGAGCUCAUCUCCAGGGGUCUUCAGUUGGUGGGAUGGAUUGAGCUGGACCAAAGCUGGCUGUGGGAGAACUCCCAGCAGGGAGAGGAGAGGGGUUCAUUGGGGCAGGAGUUUCCCUUUCAGGCAGGAGUUUCCCUUUCAGGCAGGAUUUUCCCUUUCAGGCAAAAAAAGUGGCAUUUUCCCCUUUGGAAAACGCCAAAAGCAGAUUUUCCCCUUGGUGGCAAAAAGUCCUGGGAUAGAGCAAAAGCAAAGCAGGUGGAGGCAGCAGGGCCACGACAAACGGACACAGCAGGACACACGGGUGCCACCAGCCUGCGGCCGCAGCGCGGGGCUGUGACACCGCCCGCUGUCCCCAAUGUCCCCGCUGUCCCCGCAGGGCUGGGCGCGGCCAGCAGCGGCACAAACCACACCCCCGCGCUGGCUCCAUCCCCUGCCCUCCCAGCUCUGUGGCUUCAGUCGAUCCGAUCUCUUCAGGGACUCGUCCAGCCUCUGCCCCGUGUCGUGUGUGCGUGUGCGUGUGUGCGGUUUUUAAUUUAAUUCAGUUCCAGACUCUGUUUCCAUUUGUGAAUCGAAGCUGGUGGGGCAGGGCGAGCAGGGGCGGCUGCUGCCCUCCAGCCCCACCCCGGAGCACAGCAUGCUGUCUCAGAUGGUUCUUAAAUUAUUUCAUACCUAUAUAUUUAUGUAAUAUAUCUAUACACACACACACAUAUAUAUAUAAAUAUAUAUAUAUAAAAUACCUGCA